AUGGGAACGAUAAACAAUGUGCUAAUGUGCUCACGGUAUGCACGGUCAGGUUCAUUUAUUGCGUUCUUUCACACUCACAUGACCGGGAAUCCGUCUACUGAUAUCGAUACACUACAAAAAUCAGGAUACAAUUCUCCCAACAUUGAGAAAGCAAAUAGCAAGGAUAACUGUGAAGGGCAUUUUGUAUUUCUGGAUGAGGCAUUGUCGGGCUAUAAGAACAGAAAGGAAAACUCACUUAAAAGUCUAGCAGAUAUAAAACCAAAAAUGCCGCCACCAGGACCAAUAGACGAAAGUAAUUUUGAGUUUUGUGGUCCGCUUAAACUGCAGAGCAGAUUUUUAGGAAGAGUGGAACAUGCAUUAGUGAAUGAUGUUUCAUAUCCAAUCGAACAACUUGCCUACGAUGAAAAUAUGAAUGAAGUGAACGAUAUAGGUAGCAAUAUUGAGGAAAUUGAGGGAAUUUCCGAUCCGACAAUGUCCGCACAAAAAGCAAAGAGGAAAUCUACACUAUUCGUUUCAAGAGAUUCAUCGAAGCGUCCAACAGUAGCGUCCAUGAAAGCAAAAGCAUUACUCAAAAUGAGAAAAGAUGCGGCUGAAAAUAAUAAAGCGAGCACACCAAAAGAGUGA